AUGGGUCAAGGAGCCUGGAAAUUAUUGACAACAACAGAAGCUUCUCAAAUUGUUCAACCAUUACUAUUUCCAACACCUUCAAGGAGAUUAUCCCUACUUACAUUACAACAAUUACUACUUAGACUUUUACAACAGCAACAACCAAAAGUAUCAGCAUUUUCUAAUGCUCUUAAUACACAUGUUUCUGCUACAUUUCCUGCUCCUACAACACCUUUUACAAAAAGAAGUGUUACUAAUCCGUUUGCAUCAAAAGGGCGCCUAGUUUCUGUUUCCGGCCCUUCUAGACGUUCAUCUAAACUUCCUAGGAUUGGAUCAUGUCGCCAAUUAGACAGCGCUACUGGGCCUCCCCUUCUUCCUGGAAUUAAUCCUUUAACACUUAAAUUUAUUGAUACCCGUUUGGAACGGACUUAUCAUGCUCAACCAGACAGAUGGUUAAUUCCUGGAUUGGCUCUUUGUGUUUUAUUUCUUGCUCUUUUUGGACUUUUUCAAGCCUUAGCGAUGCCUCGGAUGCUGCCAAAUUUGGCUACUUUAGCUUUGGCUCUUAUACUGAUUUUUUGCCACUUCGUCACGCGAACGUCUCUUGGUUAUUGUGUCACCGUACUUUUAGUUCUUACUGCCCUAUGUACUUGUGGGCUUGCUAAUACUUUCUCCUGUCCUACUGACCCUUCGCCAUCAGAUAUAACUUCAACCCCCUGUCAGCCCCAUCAAUUAUCAGCUGUCUCUUUGGCCCUUUGGAUGUUACUCUGUUCAGCAUUUUUACGUCUUUCAUCUUCACUUCUUUUACUUAUACUUCUUUCUGCUAUUUCCCUUUUUUGCCCACACAUUUUCUUAACUCAUUUUGACUUAUAUCCAAAUUUGUUGGCUCGCUUGGAUAUUUUAGCUUUGCUUAUUGGCCUUUCUCUUUUAAUAUUUUUGUUGGCACGCCGAAAUGAAUUGUUGUUAAGGAUGGACUUUUUAGCUCUUCUUAAAGGAGUAGAGGAUGCACUCCCUUCACAUAUCGCCUUCAAUUUUGGAUCGAGAAAUGAACCCUUUUCUCAUCUGUGCCCUUCAGUUGGCAUUCUUUGUGCCAAAAUUGGCCGUCCUGGUGAUUGGGUUGGUGAAUUUGGUUUUGAUAGGCUUAACAGACUUGUCUGUGAAAUUGAUCAAAGAUUGGGGCAAUUAAGUGAAAGUUCAAGAUUAGAGAAAGUCCGAACAUCUCAUUGUUUUUAUACAGCUGCGUGUGGAAUUUUGCCUGAACUUGCCAAGAAUGUCCAUGAUGCCCCAUGCACCAUUGGUGAGCAACUUUCAAGUCUGGCAGAGCUCGCCCAAUUUAUUCAAGAUUUGGCAGAAUCUGAAGCUUUAAAUAUUGCAAUUGGAAUGGAUUGCGGUUCAGCUCUUUCUGUUGUUGUAGGAGGUGAUAAGCCUCGAUAUGAAUUACUCGGUCAACCUAAUACACGUGCUAAGAAACUCGCAGAGGCAGCAAGCGCUUUGGGCGGUAGUUGUGUUCUUUUAUCCGAAGAUGUUUUUCUUGCAUUACGUCCACGUUCCCAAUUUCAUUUCGAUGAGAAUAGCGCUUUAAGGUAG